CCAAGCGGCUCGGCGUGCGAGCCCUGCUCACCGGUGCGGCAUAGCUGGUGAAAUCUUCCUGUGAAGAAUAAGGAUCCCUAAUUGUAGAAGUGCCCCACAAGCACCAUUCACUAGGAAGCCAGGAACAGUAUGACAGAACCAUCUAGCCGAAUCUGAAGUGUGAAGACCACCAUAUCCACCAGAAGACCCAGGAUGGAUCUGCACCAAAGUACCACAGUCAGGCUCCUGGAGAAAUGGUGUUCCAAUGAGUCACCAUCUGGCUGCAGGAGACAUUAUAAUGCCAGGAAAAAACUGAAGCUAAUUCGAGUCAUUGGCCUUGUCAUGGGCCUGGUAGCUAUGAGCACUGUCCCAUUUUCAAUCAGUGCCUUUACUGAGACAGACACUCAGAGCAACCCAGGAGAAGCCAGUGAUGUGAGUGGCCCUCGGGUAGCACAGGGUCACCAUCAAAGAACUCUCUUAGAUUUAAAUGACAAGAUUCCAGAUUACACCACACAGCCACCUGCUUCUCAGGAAGACAAAGCUGAGAACAGCACUGAUCAUGAGCAGGGAGACUACCCAAAGGACAUCUUUUCCCUGGAGGAGCGCAGAAAAGGUGCCAUCAUCCUCCACGUCAUCGGGAUGAUCUACAUGUUCAUAGCCUUAGCCAUCGUCUGUGAUGAGUUCUUUGUUCCUUCCUUGACUGUCAUCACUGAAAAACUGGGCAUCUCUGAUGAUGUGGCUGGAGCCACCUUCAUGGCUGCAGGCGGGUCUGCCCCAGAACUUUUCACGUCUCUCAUUGGGGUCUUCAUUGCUCACAGCAAUGUUGGCAUAGGCACCAUCGUAGGUUCAGCCGUGUUCAAUAUCCUCUUUGUUAUUGGCAUGUGUGCACUGUUCUCUAGAGAAAUAUUAAACCUGACGUGGUGGCCGCUCUUUCGGGAUGUGUCCUUCUACAUCGUUGAUUUGAUCAUGUUGAUCAUAUUUUUCCUCGAUAACGUUAUCAUGUGGUGGGAAAGCUUACUCCUCUUAACAGCUUACUUUGCUUAUGUGGUUUUCAUGAAGUUCAACGUCCAAGUAGAAGGAUGGGUGAAGCAAAUGAUAAAUCGCAAUAAAGUUGUCAAGGUGACAGCACCAGAAGCCCAAGCAAAGUCGUCUACAGCAGGGGACAAGGAAGAGCCAGCUUUACCGGCUAAGCCGCGCCUCCAGCGAGGUGGAAGUUCUGCCUCCCUCCACAACAGUCUAAUGAGGAAUAGCAUCUUCCAGCUCAUGAUACACACCCUUGACCCACUCGCUGAAGAACUUGGAUCAUAUGGAAAACUAAAAUAUUAUGACACAAUGACUGAAGAAGGGAGGUUCAGAGAAAAGGCUUCAAUUCUCCACAAGAUUGCCAAGAAGAAAUGCCAAGUGGAUGAGAAUGAGAGGCAGAAUGGGGCUGCCAACCAUGUGGAAAAAAUCGAACUUCCCAACAGCACAAGCACCGAGGUCGAAAUGACACCAUCGAGUGAGGCUUCAGAACCUGUGCAGAAUGGGAACCUCUCCCACAGCAUUGAAGCUACAGAUGCCCCGCAGGCCACAGAGACUGCUGAGGAAGAGGAUGACCAGCCCCUCAGCCUGUCCUGGCCAUCCAACACCCGCAAGCAGGUCACAUUCCUGAUUGUCCUUCCCAUCGUACUCCCGCUCUGGAUCACCUUACCUGACGUCCGCAAACCUGCUUCCAGGAAGUUCUUCCCUAUCACUUUCUUUGGCUCCAUCACUUGGAUCGCAGUUUUCUCUUACCUGAUGGUGUGGUGGGCACACCAGGUUGGAGAGACCAUCGGCAUUAGUGAAGAGAUCAUGGGUCUGACCAUCUUGGCUGCUGGAACCUCUAUCCCUGAUCUUAUCACCAGUGUCAUAGUGGCCAGGAAAGGGCUGGGGGAUAUGGCCGUGUCCAGCUCUGUUGGAAGCAACAUCUUUGACAUCACUGUGGGGCUUCCACUGCCCUGGCUCCUCUACACCAUCAUCCACAGAUUCAAGCCAGUGACUGUCAGCAGCAACGGCCUCUUCUGCGCCAUCGUCCUCCUCUUCAUCAUGUUGCUUUUCGUCAUCCUCUCUAUCGCCCUCUGCAAAUGGCGGAUGAACAAAAUACUGGGCUUCAUCAUGUUUGGCCUCUACUUCGUGUUCCUGGUGGUCAGCGUCCUCCUGGAAGACAAAGUGCUCGAGUGCCCUGUCUCCAUCUAGUGGAAAAGCCAUAUCUUAAACCAACCACGUGGAUGGUCCCUCCUGGCUCUGGGUUCCAGGCUACAUGCUGUCUUGAGAAGGGGCAGCCUGUGGACAGCCUUGGGAGGCCAGGGUCCCUCCUUGGAGAGUUAGAGGAAGGAUGGAUUCUCAUGGGGCCAUUCACGUCACAGGCAACUCACCCUUGCCUGCUGAAAUGACUCCAUGUAAGAGACAAAGAGAACCAUCUCUCCAUCACCACUGACAGGUACUCCUCGCUGGUCGGAGGUACGUUCAUUGUGAUGACACAAAAGAGGACAGAGGCUAUACAUACAUAUAAAUAUAAAUAUUAUAAAUAUAUAUACACAUGAGCAUACAAAUCCUGCCUGUUUCUGUACUAUACCUCUCCUCCUAUACCUAUAGAGUAAUAUAUGACUGUACACAAACAGAAAGAAAAAUUAUAUAUAUAUAUAAAGACAUAUAUAUUUAAGUGCAAAUGCAUCUUUUCAGGGAUAGCUCUAGCAUAUUUAUAGUACCUAUUUGAAGAGGGGCAUUAACCUUCAACCUUCAGUUUGUACUUUGCCUCUCAAGUGCAAAAGGUGAAUUAACAGAAUUGGUAGGCAAAGCAUUUUUUUCCUGUGAUCUCCAGGCUGCUUUGGAUGUACUGUUUAGUUUACUAGUUUGCAGAGAGGGGGGCUUAAUAGAGGGACUCUGUAGCAGCCCCUGUUAGAACCUCUAAAAUACUCUCACAAGCCAAACAGAACCCAUCUGCACAUCCCCACUGGGAUGCUCUGACUGAGACCCAUGGGAUUCCUUAAGACAGAGGUAAAACUCAGACCGGGUGGUAACCAAAGGGGAACUGAUGAAGGUUAGGUUGUUUUGUUUUGUUUUGCUUUUUCUUGUAUUGCCCCAGCAUGCAAGUAGAUGAUAUGAAUGAAAAACCAAAUUAGUGCUUUUCUAGGACAGCAAAAUUAUAUAAACUGAGCCUAUCUUGUUCCAGUGCAUGGCCCAUUAUCAUCAAAAGAACAAGGGCGAUCUUAGCCAUGAUUGUCAUUUGACAUGCUUUAAUGCCAAGGGCUCACAUCCAGUCCAAAGUCCUGCCAAGAGAGCUGAGAUGUGUGCUGAGAAACACCGUCCAGCAGAGGUGCUCAGUGGGAGCUGCCACUGAUGGGAACCUAAGGGCGUAGCUCCUUAGAGCAUUUCUCAGUGUGGUCACCAAGGGCUGCAGUCUAAGAAUCAUUCCCAGUGCUUGAUUGAGGCAGUUUGGGUUUGUUUGCAGAGGCAUUUACCCAUUUACCCCCCAGAAUGGUUUCCAAGUCCUGUGUCCUGAAUUUGGUGUAGAUCUGUGCAACAUCCAUGUCCUUCCUCCCAUCAUAAUCCCACCUGGGACUCCAGUGUUCCGAGCACACUGGAGACUGUAUUCCAUAGUUUCCCUAUGCUGCUCUGAAGCAGUCGCUCUGAUAUGAUUUACUGAUUUUGCUCAGCUUCACGUGGGACCAGCUCAUUCACUGAGUGUCCCCAAGCUCUGUCUGACAUCAUGUGUGAUUUCUCUGGUUUAUUUCGGUAGGAAAUGAGACUGGUUGAUAGCAGCAGGACAAACUAAACUGAAAAAUGUGCAGAGUUUUUCAUUUCCCUAAACCAUGCUUUCUCCUUAAAGUCCAUUGAAAAAGUAAAUAGAGGGUGACCCCCUGCAUGUAAAUCGGCACACACCAUAAGUGGAGAAUGUCAUCAGACAUUCGAGUGCUGAUCUGUCACUGUGCCUUUUCUGACUGUGUUGUGAACAUCAUUUAACAUAGGGAGGAGGGGUGCAGAACUCAAAGCUGAAUAAAAAGGUGGGGUAACCCAACACCCCAGAUCAAUUUCAGCAUCCCCUCCACAAAACCUCCAUUCAUUUACAGAGCAUGGCAACAACAGGGAGAACCAAGCCCAAGACCACUUCACUCAUAAGCAAAAGGUACUUCAAAGUGGGGGGGGGGGGCCGCAAAGAACACAAGAUAUCAAAAGGUCUGCCAGCUGAGAAACUGGCUUUCCAGGCUCUCCAACCAUGCAAAGUUGGAUUUUUGGUUUGUUUGUUUGUUUGUUUCUCUGUGUAACUGCCCUGGCUAUCUUGGAACUCACUCUGUAGACCAGACUGGCCACAAACUCACAGAGAUCUGCCUGUCUCUGCCUCCUGAGUGCUGGCAAUUUUCAAUGGUGAGAGAGAAACCCACAUCAAGAGUUGGAGUUUGUUUGAAGCAAGCAUUUAUGCUGCUACCUUGGAAAGACAAGGAAAAGUGAGUUUUCAGUUUUAAAAUCUCAGAUUGUUGUCUGGGCUACAUGAUGAUGGUUGGAUAAAUUCUGAUUUCUGGGUGGUUUAUUGCUUAAAAUUGAUUUUUUUUAACCAACUACAAAUGGACUGUAACAUAAGAAAAGUCACAGAAUGUCUGGUCCAGCCAUUACUAUUCCCACACUCACUCCCCUUACCUCCUCACCAAGAAGCCAGGAAGCACUCCAGGUGCCUAAGAGCUGGGAGUUCUGCUUCAUAGGGAGUGUUAUGGUCUUUAAUGAAAAGUUGCUUUGAGAAGACAACAUUCCCAGGACCAGUCCCUACCUCCAUAGUGCUCCCCUCACUGAAUGGUGCUCAGGCACCAUCCACUGCUGGCUCUUACUGCUUUCAUUGAGGAGUGUGUGGUUAUGUGGCCAUAUGUUGACCUGGAAUCAUUCACAUUAAUGUAAAACUGCUUUCUACAUGCUAGUUUCAGAUCAUCUCUAAUUUCUUUCUUGCAUAUCAAUGUAUACAAGUGUUCCAGAUCUGCAGACAUACAAUAACAAUUACAUCAUCACCCUUUGGGCCCAAUCACAUUUGGAAUUCCAAAGCAAAGAGCAUCAAAUUUGACAGCCAAGGGAAAGGAAAGUCAUGCCCACUAACCAAAGUGAACAUUUAUGAACUAAAGAGUUUUUUAUUCUAUGCAUAUACACAUAUUCCACCUGUGUCCCUAAUGCUUACAGAGAGGCAAAAAUAUGCAAUAAGAGGGAUGGGAGAAAAUUUUAGACUGCUAUCUCUUUGCUUCUCAGGAGCAGGGUAUAAAAUAAUACCAAAAGUUCAGGCCAAAAUUUACCAUUCAUUUUAAAAUAAAGGACUUGUACCCAAAUGUCCAUUAACUCACAGAAAUCCAAGCCUGUCUUGCUUGCUGACACCUCUCCUCUAGCCCCAGGCAACCCUGGAACAGGAGAGAAACUUGGUCCAGACUAGGGAUUCUAAAAUAGAAGCUCCUAGAUUUGCAUUUAAGAAUGCCCAUGACAUAUCCAUCUGCCCUCUGGACCCAGGCAGUUCCUGAUGAGAUGGAGCAUGAGAUUAAAUGGUGUUAUUCGACUUCCCAGGACCUAAACAUUCCAGGUGGUGUCAGCAGACCAGAAUAUGUAUUCAGAGAUUCAGGGAUAGGGUUGUUGGCCAGCUCAGCAGAUGAUGUGGAAUGUCUGAUGUCUCGCUUUAAAGUGCUAUGAAAAGAGGCAAGGACCAUUUCAUAUUCGAGGAAAAUGCUUUGCAAAGCCUCUGACAGGUGACACUUGACAGCGGAAUUUCUUUCCUAGGGAAGACAUGAGUCAGGUGGUUUGGAGGCCUUUCAGCAAAACACACUGCCUCGGUGAUUAGAUUUCUGUUAACGUUAGCAUACAUCAGCUCCUGGCCAGAGAGAAAUGGCCAACUCCCUACCACCACCACCACUUCCUGCAUCUUGUAAAUACUUCUCUGACCUAAGGUGGAGGAAGAUGGGGCCUAUAAAAGAAGAUUGUCCACACCCAGACCACCUUAACAGAAAGCUGAUCACAGAAGAGACAAUUGUUAGAGCUACUGGCCAGACAGAGGGGAAGAUGGAAUUGGAUGUAUUCUAUUGAAAGAAUUGCAUUGAAGCAUUUGAUAGAGUCUGAUGCUUGUUUGAAUGUAAGCAUUUCAGAGAAUUUCAGUGGGUUUUCACACAUACACACACACACAGACAUACACACACAUACCUACACACACACACACACACACACACACACACACACACACACACACACACACAUUCUAUGCUUCCCUGCUCCCAGAAAGAUUGUGACUCCAACAAGUAACAUGUUACAGACAGAAAAAGUGUACUAUAGAAGCUGUCACCCAUUUGUAGAUAAUCA